AUGGCUGCUGUCAUGACCGCACCCUCUUUAGCCGUAAGAGCGCCAUCAGCGCCUUCCCUGGCUCCACGACCUUCUCCUCGUCCUCUGGCGGCUUGRUCGCCUCCAACGCAUCUUCUGGAAGGGAAGGAGAACCGACCUGCAUUGAAGCAACUGCAACAAAGUACCCCUCCCAAUCGAUCGCGAAGAGAACGUCCGUGUGACGGGUGUCGUAAACGCAAGUCAAAGUGUGUUUUGCAGGAAGCUCGUCGCUGUGUCCUCUGCGAGUUCCACAAACAGGACUGCACCUUUCUGGAGGAAGCGCAGCCCAGAAAACGCAAAGCAGACGAUGGUCUAAAGUCCGAGCCUCCCGUCAAGAAGAGUCCUCCCACCACGCAACGAGGGAGCCCUGUGGCGCCUGUCCCGGUUGCCAAGAAAGAAUCUAGCGCACCGCCUGCACAGACUCAGCCCCCAAUGAGGAAGCCUUUUGCCGUUGACGAAACGCUCAGCUUACAACGGCACAGACAUUGCAAGUAUCUGGGGCAGACAACAGCCCUGGACGCCUCACUCAUCGGCCUGGGGUCGUUCAACGACAAGAACGAGACCGAGUCUCGGGUGGGCACACUUCGUCAAGUCGCAGGUGCCGAGUACUUUAGCACUCACGCCGAUGCAGACRUUGCCAUUCCCGAAGAUGAGGCUCGAGCGUUGGCCGACAUCGACCAGAUUGUAGGCUCCCACGGCACCGCACUGAUUGACAUCUACUUCCGCAAUGUACAUCCCAGCUACCCCAUUGUUCAGAAACAGGCCUUUCUCGAUCGCCAUCGACACGGUGACCGACAGUUCAACCCGCCGCUGCUGGCCGCCAUGUAUCUGCUCGCGCUGGCUUGGUGGGAUCUCGAGCCUGCCGUCUCCGCACACCCGAGACCCGACGUGGCCAAGUUGGAGUAUGUUGCCAUGACCAGUCUGACCAUCUCGAUGCAGAGACCCAAAAUCUCUGCGGUACAGGCCGGCUUGUUGUUGCUCCAACGGGCCAAGUCCAGUACAUGGACCUUGACGGUGCAGCUCGUCGCUCUGGGUCAGGACAUCGGGCUUCACUUGGAUUGCUCCGACUGGUCGAUCCCACUGUGGGAGCGACUGCUGCGCAAACGCUUGGCGUGGGCGCUCUACAUGCAGGACAAGUGGAGUGCCGUCGUGCAUGGUCGCCCAUCUCACAUCAACACAGCAGAUUGGAACGUACCUCAGCCCACCGAGGAGGACUUUGACGAGAACAUCAGUGCUGGUUCCGGUCAGACGGAGGAAGCUGAUUCCCAGCAACCGAAAGAGCACGUUGUGUUUAUGGAAAUGAUGGCUCUCACCAGCAUCAUGGCAGAGGUUUGCGAGACCUUCUACAGCGAGACGGCCAAGGCGGAAUAUGCUCGUGCCGGCCGCUAUGCCACGCAACUCGUCCUCAGCCGUGCGAAGCCAGUACAGAUCAAAUUGAAGGACUGGUUUGCGAAGUUGCCUGCCGAGUGCAAGAUGGACAGUUUCACCGCCGGUCAGAUCUCCUCGCACGGAUACUUGCAUCUUGCCUACUUCGCUACCGAGAUCAGCAUCCACCGCCGCAUCGUCCAAUCUCUCGAGCCGUCGGUGACCGAUCCAUACAUGCUGAGCAUCUGCCGAUCUGCAGCAAAAACACGUCUGAUCAGUGCAUUGGACUUUGUCAAUCGACUCAAACCAGAGCAUUUGAAUGCCUUUUGGUUCUUCGCAUCCGCUUCCAACUUUGCCUUGAUCGGCACCUUUGGAGCGCUGCUCAUGGCGACCAGUCCUUCCGAGGAAGAAGCACUCUUCUAUGCUUGUCGCUUGAAUGAGUUCAAAUGGACGCUCACGGUCAGCAGUAAGAAGGCUAUUUGGAUACAAGCUGCGUUGGAGACAUUGGCUGCGACCAGCGAGAUGUUGAGAGGAUUGCCGGAGAAGCCUCCUUCGACUGCUCUGCCGGCUAUUCCUCCGCCUCCCAAGGCAUCUUUCAAUUCGGGCGCGAAUGUUAUGGAGGUGGAUGCUUGGAGUGACGAGGUUACGAAUAUAGAUUAUGAGAACAGCUAUGAUGAUACACAGUAG